AUGAGUUGCCCCGACAUAUUUCCAAAUCGAUAUAUCGAUUCCAGCGGUCAACUAAGUUCUACUGUUGUGUUGCGUGUCCACGUCUCUGAUGUAAACGACAAUCGACCGAUUCUCAGUGAUUUCACCGUAUUGAUUAAUCGAUUCGAGUCAGAAGAGAGGAUUACCCAGAUUGGCAUCGUGCCGGCUUUUGAUCCCGAUCAAAAUGCAACCCUUGAAUAUUGGAUGGAAGCAAAUCAGCUGAUCGAUGUUGAAAAAUUCACGGGAAAAUUAAUUUUGAAAAAUCAAUGGAAACGAAAUCUUGACACCCAUUUCAAGACUUGUGUCUCAGAUGGUCCAAAUACGGUAUGUGCAAAGUGUCGGUUCAUUCAUGUCUACCUUACCCAAGAUUCACUGCGUGAGGCUGUGACCGUAUUCAUACCUAAAAUGUCGCUUGAUGAUUUCUGGGAUCCAGUCGUAUUCAAUAGGUUCAGGCAAUCGUUGGCAAGUCUCGAUACAUGGGAAGAGCAGAACAUUUUCAUAGUGGGAGCCGAUCGGCUUACUGAAGGAGUGGAGAUCAGCCUGGUCAUAGCCGAUCGUGGAAGGAUUGUCAAGGCAUGGAAAGUUGAGGAUCUUCUUCGAUCCGAAGUUCGACAACUAGAAAGAACGUCAUUGAUGAAAAUCGAGGUGGUCCGAGAUGAAAGCUGUGCCCGUGAACCUUGUCCGUACUAUCAGAAAUGCCGUCAAACACUGAAACACGUUAAUGUCGUAGAGGUUUAUCAGACCGAUAGUUUUAUGGCAAGAACUUUGAAAACAUUGAAAACGUUCAUAUGCGAGUGCCCUGUUGGAUUUGCCAAAUUGACAUCUUUGUCGGCGGAUCUCAAAGAAGUUCCAAUUGUGACAAUGGACAAAGAGUUCCCCAAUGGUUCUUAA